AUGAUGCAUCAGCCACAGCCGCAGACACAGCUCGAGCAAGCCUCACAGCAGUUACAAAUCCAACAACAAAACCCGUCUCUGUUGAAUCAAAAACUGCUCGUUCUCCUGAAUGCUCUGGCAGUACAAAAUCUGCAGAAUUUUUACCAACAGUCAAAUUUCCAAUCGAUUGUUCAACCAAGAAAGUUUCUCCAUCUUACCAUUGGUUCUAAAACUCUUUUGCAAGUGUGUGAUGAUUUAAUCGCGAGAUACGCAAAAUUAUAUCCUGAUGAUGAUCCACUAGAAGUGGAAAAGCUUCAAAAUGGAGACUGUUGUGAUCUUGAUCCAGACUACAUUGUUGACCAGGUGUUCCAGUCCGGCGACAUUGUUCAAGUUAUAGUGAACAAUGACUUUGAAGAGAUGCAUAGUACGUUUUUGGAUCCUCCUCUGACUUCAGCAUCACGUAUUGCAAAGCCGCUCACCACUCCUUCGGCAUCUCGUUUAAUGAGUGAGCAAUCACAAAGUACUCCUAUUGUACCACCAGCACCUGUGCUCAGUAGUAAGAAGAGACUGAGCAAUUUCUUCGAUACGUUCGACGCAAACAUUCCGAAAAAAACAAGAAGAUCUAUUUGGUCCACCUCUACUCGUGCUCUCCCUAGACUUACUGCUGAUACAAGUGUUGGAUCCUCAUCGUUACCCGUUCUUGAUAUCAAGAAAAAGAGGGCUUCGAGACAAGUAAGAUCGGUGCAAUCGUCACCAAAUCACCUUGAUAUGGAUGAAAGUAAUAUUUCAUUACCCCCUCCUGAGGAAACUCUGUUUCAAAAUGAAGCUUCGCAUAUUAUUCCUCAAAAGAAAGUCCUUCCAGAUCAAGCAAAUGUAAUCGCACAAGAGAUUCAACCAACCCAACGAGUAACCUCGGGCAUGUUGAGUGUCCCUGUUCAUGUACAGCUUGAAAAGGAACAAUUGAUGCAUGAUCUUAAUCCUCAAGGAUCCACUCCAACUGUCAUUACUGCUCAUGAUUUGAGCUUGUCUGACUCAUCGGAUGAAAUCUCGGAAGAUGAUGCUGCAUUUAUGCCCCAUAUAGAUGAAGAUGAAUUGCUGACUUCACCUGCAAAAUCCUCUCCAACAAAGAAGAAGUCAUCUAAAGUAGUGGUAUCACACCCAGCUCCUAGUGCUGCAUCGAUUGUAACUGCUGCUCAAUCUUCAGUUGCCACAUCCAAUGGAGAUGGACAUGCUCACGGAGACGAUGUCGAUACGUUAACAAAGGAAGAAAUUAUGGGCUUAUUUAAAAAUGGUAUGAGAAUUCCAGCCAAGAUGAGAAGUAGAUUGUCAAAAUCUGAAAAUGUUGAAACUACUUCCAAAUCUGCUAAUACUUCCCGCCUGAAAUCCCUCAAGAAUUUGGAAAUUACCAUGAAUGAUGAAGGCACUAUUUUAACAACGGGUAGAACUGAAGGUGAAAUUGAAGCUCAAAGGAAAACUAGAGCUGCAGCACAAAAGGCUGCCACUAAAUUUAGUGAAACAAAAUCACGUAGACGUCGAGGUGAUGGUUCUGGUGUCAAUACGCCAUCUCAGAAGUCACGUCAAAAUUCCGUUGCUGGAUUACUGCAACUGUCCCAAUUGCAUAGUGAUAAUACACAAAUGGCUGAAACAGAUCAUUCUAUUUUACCAACUGAUACUGAGAUGCAAGACACUUCAGCAACAUUGCCAAAAAAGAGAUCAGCCAAGCUGACUCCUAAAACAACACCUGCUACCGCCAGAAGAAUUAGAUCUUCAACCAAGAUACCAGUGGUUCCUGAAACUACCAAGGAAGCUACUUCAGGCUCUGAACUGGUUGCAAAAGUUGACACUCCUGCAAUGAAAGUUUCUACUCCAAUCAUGAAAACUCCAGUCAUUUCAACUCCAUCUAUUUCUCAUGAUGUUGUAAUGGAAGCUUCCCCAUCUAAGCUGUCUAAGAAACCAAAGUCUAUUCCAGCUGGAUUAGGAAUUACUGAAUCUCAAGUUCCACCUUCGCAAGAAGUUGCUAAUAACGUUGCUGAGCAAAAUGUUGAAGAGGAUGACACUAACCAAAGAGUAGACCCUUCAACUGGAUCUGUUUCUGCUUAUGACUCGAUUACUAAAAAGUCAAAGCUUAGUAGAAUAUUUGACAAGAUGAAAAGUUUUGAUAGUAGACUCAACUCUGCUGCAGGCUUAAUCGACGAGUCAAAUACACCAAGCCCAACCCAGAAGCAAUCUGUGGACUCCCAAGAGAAGGAAAAUGUGGUAGUUCAGGCUCAAUCAAAUGGGAACGGACCUUCAAAUGGGGAACAAAAGGUACUUAGUGUUCUUGAAAGAGCAAGACAAGAGUUAAAAAAUAAGAAACAAAAGAAUGGAGGAUCACCAGGCUCACUUGCUGAUGAUAUGUCAUCGACAUCUUCGGGAAGUAAUCUGGGAACUUCUAAUACCUCAGUUUCUUCAACUGAUAAGAAAAAUAAUAUUUCUACAUCUACACCUCUCAAGGACAAUGCUUCAAUAAAUAAGGCUACAUCGGUUUCUUCAACUCCAAAGCAAAAGGCUGAACAGGAUAGAAUCAAAAAGAGAGCUGAGCAACUUAGAUUAGCAAAGCAAAAUUUGGAACGUGCAAGACGAACUAGUGCUGAAAAAAUUUCUGUACCUGCUGAAAAGCAAGUAUCCGAUAAGACACCUAUUAAGGAUAUCCCAGUACCAACUGCUUCUCCAGUGGUAAUGCUUGCCGCUACUUCUGCUCCUUCGUCCCAACAGAGUAAGAGAAAAUAUGAGGAUAAUUCCUCUUCUUCUUCGGGUGAAAGCUCCAGUUCUGAGUCAGAGGAUGACUCAGAUGAUGGGAUUAUUAAGAAGAAACAACCUCGUGUGGUUGCCGUUCCUUCUGCGGCUCCAAAGAAAUCGCCAGCGCCUUCCAAAUUACCAAGCCGGAAUGUAUCUACAGCUUCCAAGCCACCUGUAAAGACUCCAAGUACUACUUCAAAACCUAAAGUUCCUGUGAACGAUACAAAGGUUCCCGAGAAAACUCCUACUUCGGCCAAGAAGACCGCGAUUUCUAAAACCGAAGCCAAGAAACCUGCAGUUACUAAAAUCCCAACAUUGACUUCAUUAAGUGACCUAGCCUUGCGUGGACUUCCUGAUGUAAAGGACGCUAGUCCUAGUUCAAGUCAGCAGCAGCAGCAAACAAAGGCUAUUGCGUUGACUUCAAGUAGUGAAGACGAUAGUUCUGACUCGGACUCAGAUUCCUCCUCUGAUAGCGGGUCUGAAUCUGAUGAAGAAAAAUCUAAAUUCAUAAAUAUUAAGAAACUCGACAAGAAAAAGCCCAAAAAGAGAGGUGGGUUCUUUGACUUGAUGAAAGAUGCUAAAAAUAUCUAA